AUGAUUCCAGGAAGAGGAAAUUCAUUUUCUACGCACAAAACGAGGAUAUUCGCUGAAAUUGAUCCAAAAACGUUGGAUGACGUACUUCAGGUAGCCAUUGAUGCUUCAAAGAAAGCCGGCGGUAUCAUUCUUGGAAAUGCGGGGGGUGCAGAAGUUAUGAAAAGCAAAGCCAAUAGCCGCGACUUGUUAACAAUGAUUGAUCCUCUCUGCGAGAAGACUAUUCGGGAAACAGUCUCGGCGUCCUUUCCGGAUCAUGACUUUUUGGGAGAGGAAGAUGUCCCACCAGGACGAGAGGCAAGUGCAAAGGCUAUUGAUGAAAUAUUGUCGGCAGACUCUAGCAGUGAUUGGCUCUGGGUCGUCGAUCCAAUUGACGGUACAACAAACUUUGUUCAUGGGAUGCCUCUGUCCAUGCCAAGUGUGGCCGCAGCAUACAGAGGAGAGGUAGUAGUCGGUGUCAUUUAUGAUCCACAUCGUGACGAGCUAUUCACAGCGACGAAAAAUGGAGGAGCCUACAUGAAUGGGAAAGUCAUCCAUGUGGGAGAAGAAUCUACGUUGGGCGAUGCUGUUGUGGCCAUGGGAUCACCUCCGGCCGAAGAGUCUAUGAACAUGAGUCUUCUUGGGGUCAAGGCGCUUAUGCCACAAGUGAGAACUAUUCGAAUGUUGGGAAGUGCUGCAAUCAUGUUGGCUUGGAUAGCGAAUGGACGUCUCACGUGUUACUGGGAAUAUGAUUUGAGUUCUUGGGACAUUUCAGCAGGAGCAUUAAUUGUGCAAGAAGCAGGGGGCAUGUUUACCGAUCUAAGCGGAGAGGAUUUUACUUUGCGAACAAGAAAGAUGUGUGCAAGUAAUGGGAAGGUCCAUGGUAAUAUUCUGAAGGUUCUGAAUGAAGCAGGUGUCAUAUGA